ACGAAAUGAAAAAACAUUUGAAAAAAUUUCCAAGGCCAUGAUGCAGAGGCGCCACACCAGGGACUCAGUACAGUGCCAUGUGAAAGUUAAGGAGCUCAGACAAGCCUACCAGAAAACCAAAGAAGCAAACGGAAGGUGCGGGGCAGGGCCAAAAACAUGCCGCUUCUACGCUGAGCUGCAUGCAAUUCUAAGGGGGUCCGCCACCACUACCCCACCCCUGUCCGUGGAUUCCGAGGUGGGGGUGGUAAUCUCAGCCAUGGCUGAGGAUUCUGCAGACAAGGAAGACGAGAAGGAAGAAGAGGACGAGCUUGCAGAGAGCACACAGCACUCCAUUCUCCCCAACAACCAGGAGCUUUUUCUCACCCUGGCGGAAUUGCCCUCCCAAGCAACUAUCCCAGACAAUGAAGCCAUGGCAGGGACCUCUGCUGCAAAAUUUUCAAGCCUCCCUACUCAGUCCCGAAGGCUAUCUCAGAUAAGGCAGCGGAAAAAGAAGAUGCGAGAAGAAAUGUUCUUGGAAAUCAUGGAAGUGACCCGCAAUGAAAGAGCUCAUUUGAAUGAGUGGAAGAAUGUGGUAUCAAAGUACAGGAAAGAUGCCAGUGACCGUGAGGACAGGAGGGACGAACGUGAGGACAGGAGGGACGAACGUGAGGAGAGGUGGCGGCAGGAAGAUCAGCAGUGGCGGGGUGCAACUCUGGGGCUGCUGCGUGAUCAAACUGACAUGCUCCGGCGUAUGGUGGAGCUUCAGGAACGGCAGCAGGAUCACAUAGUGCCACUGCAGCCUCUGUAUAACCACCCUCACCAUGUUCCUUAGCCUUCUCAUCUGCCAGACGAGUAAGAGCUUGUGGGGGUAGGCUCCAUGCGCCUGCUCACUCCACCCCAGUGGACAGCCCAACCAAAAGGCUCUCAUUAUUAUGAAAUUUUUUUUAGUGGCCUUUUCCUUCCCUACUGUCUUCCUCCCAAACCCCACCCGGGCUACCUUGUCAGUUCUUGCCCUCUUUUUAUAAUUAAUUAAUA